UGGUAGCCCUCGGGGCCGCGGCCCUCCAAGACCCCACCAGGCGUGCACUCUCCGGGAGCGCGGGGGUCCCCCCUCCACAGCCACGAGCGCCGCCCCCGCUGGCCCGCGCCACGCUCCGCCCUGGACGCCGCUCGUCCCGGCGCUGGGGUGCGCGGGAGGUGGGAGCGGGCCCGGCUCAGCCUGAUUUACGGCUCUGCUGAAAACCGCUUCGCUCCCGCAGCAGCAGCACCGGCCGCGGCGGCAGCAGCAGCAGCUGCAGCUGCAGCAACAAGUCGGGACUUUUAGAGUAAUGCAACAGAAGGCUUUUGAGGAAAACAGACACCCCUGGCAGGAGUCCUUGGAGAAUGUUGCUGUGUGCCUGCCAUUUCGCUGCCCGAGGUGUGGAGAUCAUACCAGGUUCAGAAGCCUGUCUUCGUUGAGAGCCCAUCUGGAAUUCAGUCACAGCUACCAGGAAAGAACCCUUUUGACAAAAUGCAGCCUUUUUCCAUCCCUCAGAGACACAGACCUAGUCACUUCCUCAGAGCCCCUGAAACAGGGAAAAUUGCAGAGCAGUGGCAAUGUGGUGAAGCAGAAACCGAGCUAUGUUAACUUGUAUAGCAUUUCACACGAACACUCCAAAGACAGGAAGCCAUUCGAGGUGGUGGCAGAGAGACCUGUGUCCUACGUGCAGACUUACACUGCGGUGGACGUCCGUGCAGACUCCCUGGAUGGGCUGCGCUCGAGUCCAGGACUUCCUACCUCAGACACCAAAGCUUCUUUUGAGGCACAUGUCAGAGAAAAAUUUAAUCGGAUGGUUGAGGCCGUGGACAGGACCAUUGAGAAGAGAAUUGAUAAACUUACCAAAGAGUUGGCCCAGAAAACUGCCGAGCUAUUGGAAGUUCGAGCAGCUUUUGUGCAGCUGACUCAGAAAAAGCAGGAGGUUCAGAGGCGAGAGCGGGCCCUGAACAGACAAGUGGAUGUGGCCGUGGAGAUGAUUGCUACUCUAAGACAACGCCUGACAGAAUCUGAGGAGGAGCUUCUCAGGAAAGAAGAUGAAGUUGUGACAUUCAACCAUUUCCUGGAAGCAGCUGCUGAGAAAGAGGUUCAAGGGAAAGCUCGGCUCCACGACUUUAUUGAGAAUCUGUUGCAGCGGGUGGAGCUGGCAGAGAAGCAGUUAGAAUACUAUCAGAGCCAGCAGGAUGCUGACCUCUGCCGGGACAUCAGUGAGCACGUGCUUACAGAUAUCUCCUCAAAUAGGAAACCCAAAUGCCUAAGCCGAGGGCACCUGCAUUCUGGGUAUAGCCACCCAGAUCUGAAGACCCAUUUUCAUCCAAAGGGAAGAAGCCACCUGAAAAAAGCCAAGGAUGACAGAGCCAGCAUGCAGCCUGCAAAGUCCAUUCACGAACAGGCCGAGUCGCCCAGAGAACUCUGCAGAGCACCGAAAAAAGGGGAGCCUUUGGGGUUUAGUCGAAAAGGCAACAUCAGGCCCAAAAUGGCCAAAAAAAAGCCAACAGCAAUUGUGCACAUCAUCUGAAAGAGGGGGUGGCUCUGGGCUUUGGGAAUGUUGCCGAGGGGCUGACACAUCGACAGUGAGACACACUGGGAGAGCAAAGGGCAUGAAACACAUACAUUUCCUAUCCAUACAAACCCCUGGGUUAACCAGCAUUUAAUAAACAGGAAUCUCAGCAAAUCAGAAUCAUAAGGAGCCUAUUUUAGGCUCCUUUUAGAUAUAAGAGGCAAAUCACAAAAAGAAAAAAAAAUAAUAGCACUCUAUCCCAAAGUUUUAGUAAAAUGAAGCAUCAGCUUCUAAAAUAAUCAGCCAAGUCUCUAGGAGUUUACACAGCUGAUGUUCUGUGCAGUGGUCAUUCAUUCUCAGGCCCCAGGCCACACUAGAUACCAGGCAUGUGAAAAAAUUCCUCUGUAUGCACUGCUCUCUAAAUUAUGAGGCAAGAAGUGGCAAUAGGAAUGUAACAUUUUGUUAAUAGCAAUGACAUGUUGAUUUUUUUUUUUUUUUUCAAAAGCCUCCAGAAUAAGAAUUUCUGCUUCUUGGAGCAUUCUGGUUAAUUAAGAUUUCAGUGUUUGGGUUGCAUCAGGGACUCAUUCAAUUAGACUCUGGUUCUCAUUUCCCUGGUCUGUUUUCCAGUCAAGUUUGAUUUAGGUUUUUGUUUCCCUGGAAGCAUGUUUGUUUGAUUUUGCUGCACCUCUGCUCUCUUCUUUGACUGAGUAUUUUGCACCAAAGACAGUGCUGCCAACCUUUAUCUUAACAGCUGUUUCAAUUGCUGCAACUGGAGAGGACAGUGAGUCCCUUUUAAUGGGCACCAUUAUCAGUUCAGGGUAAAUGGUGGGAUGCCAGGGGCAGGCACAUUCUGCACAUUGAGCCACCUUGGAUCCCUGCAGACCAGCCCUUCCUCAAGACUCCCUCCCUCUAGUGUCAGCAGCCUCUGCUCGCUGUAGGUGUGACUUUCUCCUUCUUGGCCUAACUUCCACCUCCUGCUGCUUUGGUGUCCACUUAGGAUUAAAAUACAUGCUCUUACCUUCAAUCAAGUAUCUGAAGCGUUCAUUGUGCACUGCUUUCUAAAGUAGUUUCUGAAAUAAACAGUGCAUAUAGAUCCAGAAUCUGAGCCUGUCCUCUCCUCCUUCUUUAAAAUGACCUUUGGUUCCACAAGGAGCCAUCAGUUAAGAACUUCCUGCUUUAUGAUUUUCUUCAAAAAUGUAUUUCCAUGUGACUUUUAAUUUAGCAAACUCAUCUGGUCUCCUGAAGAGUUGAAAUGUGCUGACAUCCUUCUGGAAGCCAGAAUAAUGAUGUCCAUAAGUAUAUGCAUAUAUGCACAUAUAUAAAACACAAAAUAUAUGUCAAGUAUAUUAAUAAUUUAUUUUUAAAUACUCAUAGAAAAGGUGUGUGUUUGUGGUGGGUGGUUUUUAAAUAUGUUCAUGUAAAUUAGUUUAUGUAAAUUGAAUUCUCAUUUUAAAAAUUAAAACUGUAACCUACUUAAACUUAGUAGAAUUAUGAAUAUUAUUGCAAUAAGCAUAAGAUUAGCAGUACAUUAAAAGUAGGUAAUAAAGUGAUUACUUAAAAUGCCAGUAAAUUAAAAAGUGUAACUUACUAUGAUACAAACAUUUUGAAUCUAUCCUAGUGAAAAUGUUGAUUUUUGAAUCUCCACUUGACUUUUGGCUCAUGGGUGUGGGCCAUUCAUGUGGUGGAUAGGCAACUAUCAAGUGUGAAAAAAAACAUUGCUGUGAAUAUCACUGUUUAGGCUAACAUUGUAAGAAUUGGAAUAUUAUCAUUAUUAUUUAUUUGGAGACUAAACCUCCUCCAAAGCUAUUAUUGCUGUUUAUACCAUGAUUGCACUUUAACCUUUUACAAACUAAAAACUUGCCUUGUUAGUAGUAUUGCAUGCUCUUGCCCUGUAAUAUGUAUGGACAAUGAGGACAACUUGUUUUUAAAUAUGGUAUAGCCAGGGUUGUUUUAGUUGUUUUUUUUUUUUGUCAUUUUAUUUAUUGUAACCUACAUUUCCAAUUUUCACUUAAUAUGCCUAGGGAGCAUUACAUCUCUCUUUGACAGUGAUACCCAGUGAUCUUCAGAAAGCACCAUAAUGUCACAUCUACCCUGUAUACAUUACAUAAGAAAUCAUUUUAAGAUUCAUUAUAAUAAACAAUUAUUUUAAAGUUCUAACUAAAUUCUGACCCUCAUCUAAGGAAAUGCAUUAUGUAUGUUGCACUUCCUUAAAGACAUAAAUUUGCCCUCAGAACAUGGGAGCUGGCUCACUCCAAGGACUAUCCCACUUACUGCCAUGCUCGAGCCAUGUGCUGUAUCCCAUUUGGGUAUUAUUUUUAAAUAUUUCCUUUUUUUACAGGGCAGUCAACCUUAGAGUUGUUUUUUUGGAAGAAAUCGCCAAAGUUUCUGGGAAAACAUGUUCAAGGUUAAACUGAAGAAUGGAUCUAAUUUUAUUUGCUUUGUAAGACAAAAAUCUUCAUUUAAACUGUUUUUUUUUCCGUUUUACCCAAACUAGCUUACAGAUUCUUAACUACAAAGUUCAGAUAGCUUAGACACUGUUUUCCAGUAUUCUGCAGGGUCAGUUGUGUGGAAGUUGUAAUAUUCUGUUCCCAGAAUUUAAAAAAGUUUUUAGAUUAUGAAAUAUUAUAACAAUAAAGCUAUAUUUCUGACU